UGGAGGCAGCUGGAGCUCGACAGUGCGUGCCUUCGGGCGGCACUGACGCUGGCGCUGUGUGCGGCGUCCUCGGGCCUGGCGACCUUGCUCAUUUUAAACCCACCUGCUCCGCAAGCCAACUUGCCCUGUAUUUGGAAAGCCCCCGAGGUCAGGUUCCUGUGCUCCCUGCAGGCAGCGUCUCCGGCAAUCACGUCGAGCUGUGUGCCCAUUGGGGGCCGUCAGUGCCUGUGCAUGAAUGCCGUGCCGAUCCUGGCCCCUCCUGACAGCAGCCAGGUAGAGUUCUACGCAGCUGCUGUUAUCACGCAGGCGCUAGACGGGGUGGACCUGCAAGCAACCCUGCGGCAACGGGUGGCCACCAUGCGGAGCGCCCCCGCUUUCCUCCGCGGACCCCUGCGCAACGCGCUGCGCAAAGCGCUGAGGGAGAUCCACGCAUUGGGGGGCAACGAGGCACGACAGCUCCGAGGCUGGAAGCUCCUGUUUCUGAUCCCGCGCAUGCUGCUAAGCAAGGGCCCCGGCGCCCGCACGGUGCCCAAAGAACAGCUGCUGGAACGGUUCGCCCGGUUCGAGGCGGGCGACUGGGCGCCCCUGCUAGCCCCCCCAGCCAGAAGGCGAAGCGGAGGAGGCCGCGGGCGGCCGCUGGCAGGGAGCGACGAGGAGCUUUCCCAGCGCUGCGCGAGGGCGCACGCCUUGGUUCACCAGGGAGAGGUCUCGGCGGCGCGCCAGGCCCUCACGGCCAGCGCUCUCGCGCCGGGGACCGAGGCCACGCUGGCGGAGCUGCGGGGCCCGGCGCGAAGGCUCGCCCAACCGCGGGAGCCGCUGAGGGGGGACCUGGCAGCCUUAGCUCCGGAGCCUAUCUUGCUCGAGUCCGACAAGCUCCUGCGCAACCUCCGCGGCUGCCGCAGGGGCGCCGCCCCAGGGGAGCACCUCUUUGCAUUCCUGGACGACAUCUACGUGGUGCCUGCCCCAGCGCGCUCCCGCGACGUCUUCGAACUGGUCCACUGCGCGCUUCAAAGGCACUGUGGCAUCGGCGUCAACAUGGGCAAGACGAAGGUCUGGAACGCAGCAGGAACGGAACCGCCGAGAGUCUGGGAGUUAGGCACCGAGCAAGACCGGGUGUGGGUCGGAGACACCGCAGCGCCGCCACACGAGCAGGGCCUGGUGGUCCUCGGCACGCCCAUCGGGCACGUGGAAUGCGUCCGCCACCACAUGCGCUCCAUGCUGGCAGACCACCGCGUUCUCCUGCACCGGCUGUGCCAAGUCGGAGACCUCCAGACGGCCUGGCUGCUCCUGAGCAUGUGCGCCAACCCGCGGGCCAAUUUCCACUUGCGCACAAUGGCGCCGGAGGACACGCUUGAGUUCGCGACGGCCCACGACGAGUACAUGGCGGCGGCGGUCACAGACCUCCUGGGAAACCCUGCGGACCAGCUGGCAGCAGGACAGACGGCCAGGGAGGUCGCGCAGCUCCCGCUCUGCCUCGGAGGGCUGGGCCUGCGUUGCGCUGCCCGCAUGGCGCCCGCGGCGUGGUGGGCGUCUUGGGCGGACUGCCUGCCGAUGCUGCGAGAGCGCGCGCCGGCGCUGACGGCGGACAUUUGCUGGGCCCUCGACACCGGCGCGGCCGGGCUCCCACCGGGCCUCCGCCAAGCGGCUGAGGCGCGGCGCCAGCUGGCCCUGGAAGGGUACGAGACGCCUAACUGGACGGCGCUGGCGCUGGGAGCGCGCCCCCCGCCCACGCACGACAGAGAAAUGGGCGAGUGGGCGCACGGCUGGCAGUUCUGGGCGGCCCGAGCAAGAGACGACCGAGCCAGGGUCGGCAUCAUGCAACGCAUGCAGGCCCCAGAGCGCGCCCUGCUGCGCUCCCAGAGCGGCCCGUGCGCCGGCCGGGUGUUCACGGUCCUACCCACGAGCGAGCCCAUGCGAGUUCCACCCGCAGAGUUGCGCGUCCUCCUCCUGCGCCUCCUGCGCCUUGAUUUACCAUUCACGGCAGGCGCGUGCAGGUGCCGAGCGCGACUCGACAGCAGAGGGGACCACAGGGCGGCCUGCCCCACAGCCGGCGUCCUCAAAAAGCGGGGAGCCCCUCUGGAGAAGGCGGCGGCCCGCAUCUGCCGCGAGGCGGGCGCGAGGGUGGCGGAGAACCAGUUCCUGCGGGACCUGAACGUCGACGGCGUCGGCGCGGGCGACGGCCCGCGGCUCGAGGUGAUCGCCAACGGUCUGCCGCUGUGGGGAGGGGCACAGCUGGCCGUGGACGCCACGCUGGUCUGCCCUCUCGGCCGGGACGGCGCGGCCCACCCGCGCACGGCAGACGAGGACGGGGCGUGGAUCCGCGAAGCCCGCAGGCGCAAGGAGACCACCUACCCAGAGCUCCUGGACGCGAGGCGCUGCCGGCUCGUGGUCAUGGCCCUGGAGGUGGGGGGCCGGUGGUCGCAGGAGGCCCUCCAGUUCGUGCGCCUCUUGGCUGACUGCAAAGCCUGGUCCGCGCCAGAGCUACUGCGCGCCUCGGUGAAGGCAGCCUGGAUCCAGCGGUGGACUGGCCUCGCCUCGGUGGCGGCGCAGAGGGCCUUCGCAGCCUCCCUGCUGCACCUGCCCCUGGACGGCCUCGCCUGCGACGGCGACGAGCCAUGGCUGCAGGACGUCCUGGCGGACGCGCGCCAUGCCGAGGCGCCACUCCCUAGCCGCAUGCCGGCGCGCCCCUGA